CGUAGUAAACAAACUCGAUGUAAACAAACGUAAAAUCCCAUGAAUCUCACACAGUUACUGCUUUUGCCCCGUAUAAAAUCCCUGGACUCCCCGGAAACAAGGGACACAAAGCUAGAAAUAAGGGAAAACGAAGGAAAUAAGUCGUCCAUGAGCCGUGAAGCGUAACCGGGGGGUCAUAAUCAGGGCAGCAUGAAGAAGCGGCGGCGGCGGCGAUCCUCGGGUGCACUGGAGCAGAACAGACUCACCAGACUCACUUACUCACUCGUCUUUUACACUCCUUCCUCCUCUUCCAAGACGUUUGCCGAGGAUUUACAGGCUCCAGAGGAAAGUUGCUUUGAAGGAAUUCCAAGAUGAGUGGACAAUCUCUCACACUCCCUACAGACGCUGAAAUUCACGACAGCAUUACCAACAUAGCAAUAUGGCUGGAGACACACAGUCAUGCUGGGCCACAGCAGACACCUGAGGAGAUAACGGCCCUUGACCUGGCUGUAGCUGUGCCGGGAGAGUGCUUCUUCCCCGAGCUUUGUGCGGAAAAUGAAGAGGCAUCCCACGAAGAAGAGAAGGGAAUCCUCGUGUACACGGACAGUAGUGAAGAUAAGUACAUAUGGCUUAUGGGUGAUUGGCAUCCCCUGGAGAGAGUUCUGAACAUCACGUCCUCGAAGGCAGGAUGGGUGCGGACAACGUGCUUAGGAGAGCGGUUGCUGGUGCUGGUGCUAACACAGCUUGACUACACAGCACGAGAAGCUGAGGCAGAAGUGCCUUAUGGGUGCUGCCCCUUGAACGACCCUACAUACCUCCUGUGGCAUGAUCACAGGCCAUCUGGCAUGUGCUCUAUCAAAAGGAAAGGCACAAGCAUAUGGGGCGGAGAGGAUGUGUAUGCCUGCGACACCCUGGACACCAUGUAUGUCCGUGAGUGUGCUCGGAGGCAGGGUCACUCGCUAGAACUUCUGCGCACCUUGACAUCCGAGAUCCCACCUGGCGAGCACCUAGGACUCUCUCAUCCAGUUUCCCUCAGCAUGUGCAAAGUACUGCUGAAGUUCAUUCAGGUGUACCCAGAGCUGCGAGACACACUAUGGACACUGGAUGAAGAUGGGGAAGUGUCUGGCACAGUGACCCUCAUGUUGGGUUCUCUGAUGAUGCGCGGGGCACUGCAUGGGGCUGGGGCUCUCUCACAGCCCCCUGUACCUAUGGAGGAGGCCCAGCAGCCAAUGGAGCAAGCAGACCAACCCAUGGAACAGUCCAACACACAGCAGGAGCAGCAGCAGGUCUCUCAGCAGAAAUCUGAGGCUGAUCAGCAGCAGGAGUCUGAACCAUGUGAUACAUCUUAGAAGACAGCUGACUUCUGCUUAAAAUGUUGGUGGAAGGCUUUAUAAAAAUAAAUUUGGACUAGCUAUUAUUUAUUCAAGUUUAAAAGUUUACAAGCAACAAGUUAAAUGGUAUUUAUACAUGGUAGGAUUUAAAAGAUUUUGAAAAUUUUAUCAAAGAGUCUUUCAGAAUCAAUCUUAGAGAAAAAAUAUAUCAGACUUUUUAUAAUGCAUUUGAGUUCUUUAACACAAUAAGUCAUUUGAAUGAAAGAAAUGUAUGCAUUAGCAAUAGAGAGGAAGAGAAAGAAAUUUGUAUGUUAGUAUACACCUUCAUUUCUUGGUAUCAUUUGCAUGGUAAUAGAAUGUACUAGUAUGCAUGCAUGAGUUUACACAGAUGAUGUGCUGUGGUGUAGAUGUAUACAUCAUGAGCUGGCCUAUGUUAAGCUAAGGUAAUUAUUUCAUGGACAUUCUCCUUUUAUAAAGUUUAGAAGUGGGAGCCAAAGAAAUUGUUAAUAGGAGUGUUGGUCUGGCAAUAGUGAAUGUGUACUUGGUUUGGCAUUGUUAUCUUGUUUCAGCUCAGGCUGUCACCUACACCAUUGCACCUCUUUCCUUUUGGGGUCUAAUUGUAUUUAUGUGACUUAGGGGUUUGGAUGGUUUAGGAAGGUUCAGCAGUAAUAUAUAUCAUCAUGAACUGUAUUGUUUAAUUUACAAAUAUUUUAUUUUUGAAAAGAAGGGUUGGAUUUCACAUCCUCCAAAUAGUGGGGUGAAAUGAAUACUUUGUAUGUGAGAACGAUGUUCCCAGAAGGCUGCUUAGAGUAACUCAGGGUAGAUAUGGCUGAUAUAGGUCAUGGUACAAAUUGCAAAUUGUCUUUUGUUAUCAUUUCUUCUUUUUUUUCACUCUUUCUGUUUUCACCCUUUUUUUAUUGUGAACAGGGUGGUCAUUCUGACCAUGGUACAAAUUUGCAAUAAAUUGCUUAAUUAUGAACGUUAAUUGCUUUAUACAUUUGCUUUGUUCAUGUUAAUUAUUUUGCUGUUACUUUUU